AAAAAAGCAGCUUGCCAGCUUUGAGGUGCAGAGAGAGACAGCAUUUAAGUAGAAUCCUCGUUUUUGUCUUGCAGAAAGUGCAGCUGAAAAGGACAAAUAGCGAAGAUUUUGAGGUUGUGCUGACAAUCUUCUCACCUGUUUUGAAGCUUUUAAAUUUUCCGAAGUUUAUUAGAGAAUGGCCACUACAGAGACUGUGAGCAUAGAGAAUAAUUCCACCAAAAAUGGAGAUAAUACGGAGAUGGAAAAGCUGCUCAAAGAUAGAGCUGAAAGAAAUCGUCAGAAAGCAUUGUUACUGAAGAAAUCGAAGAUUGUAACACAUCCAUACGCAAAUAGCGAGUCAAAUAAAAGAUUGUUAAAAGUACAAGGACAACGAAUUAUUGACAGUGGUGGAGGUUUUCUAAUAGAAGAUAAUAAUGAUCUGGAACAGCAAAUGUUCAAAAUAAGAACAGAACCAGAGCCUGUACUCGGUAAAUUCAACAAUUGUGAAGAAUGUCAACAGAAAUUUGGAGACUCCUAUCUCCUACAUACGUUUAAUCUUUCAGUUUGUGAUGGAUGCAGAGAUAAGGAGGGAAAACAUUCUCUGAUCACCAAAACUGAGGCUAAACAAGAAUACCUAUUGAAAGACUGCGAUCUUGAUAAGCGGGAGCCUGCGCUAAAAUAUAUUGUGCGGAAGAAUCCACACAAUGUUAAUUGGGGCGAGAUGAAGUUGUAUCUGCACUUGCAGAUUGAACAAAGAGCCUUAGAAGUCUGGGGUUCGGAGGAAAAGUUACUGAAAGAAAAGGAAAUGCGCGACAUCAAGCGCGAAGGAGCGAAAAUCAAGAAAUUCAACAAAAAGAUGAAACAGCUGCGCAUGCAAGUGAGAAGUUCGUUGUACGAUAGGACGACCAAGGUAGCACACGUUCACGAAUUUGGGGAAGACACAUACAAUGAGGAAGAUGAUACGUAUACGCAUGCUUGUACAACCUGCGGCUAUGAAGAAACGUACGAAAAGAUGUAAUAAUGUUACGAUGAACCUUUACAGUAUCAUAAUUUAAUUCGUUAAUUAUAUACAGCUACAUACACAGCCAAUCUACAUUCUAUACCGAUAUAUUCAAUUUUUCCUCGAAGACUUGCGAAGAGAUAACAAUAGCGUGUGAAUAUUAUUGCGACAGUAUGAACAAUAUUAAUUUUAUCAUUAUUACGAUGAUAGGAACGAUAUAUGUUUCACACUUUUUUCUGUGAGUCUUGGAUCGGUCAAUUUUGCUUGCAAUCCAUCAACUUUAUCUCUCUUUAGUACUGUGCAUAAAUUAUUUUUACUGUGAUACCUAUUUUGUAUAUCUGUUAUGUAACUCGACGAAAUUGUGAAUGUGUUAUAAUAAUACCGAGAUGAUAAAAUUCACGUAUUUAGGCACGGUGCACGAUGAAGGCCAACGUAUGCGGCGUUACCCUGUUUUUUCCAUAUUAAUACAAAAAUAUGCAUAUGUCAUAAUAUUAAAUGUUAUUAUCUCAUCGAUAUAAUGGUAGGCAUUAAUUAGAAGAAUGAAAUAAAUAAUCCCAACAAUUUUCUUGAUAAAUUUUACGUAUAUUUUAAAACUUAUAUCUGUAUUUUAUAUUCUAGUCUCUUGUUUUAUUUCUAUUAUAACAUUAUUAUCUUCUCAUCUUUAUUUACAUUUCUUAAUCUUCGGACAACUUUCCGGUUUAUUUUUCGUCUUACAUUCUUUUUCUAUUUUUAAGUUUAUUAUAAUGCAAUGUCGAAAUAAUAUAACGAUUUUACAUUUCAUUUGCUGUUCAAUACAUACAACAAUUUUCUCCAUCAUUACAUACCCUCAUCAAAACGUAGUUAAUACAGCGAUAAACAAUUCGUCAAUUUUAUCUUCUCGAUACAAUAUGUCUACAUAUUCUCCGCCGUUUUAUUAAGCACAUUUUAAUCUUCGGAAGACUUUAUGUAAACAACAUCUGUAACAUUUAUACAGCUAAUUGUAGCGCAUAUGGUUCUU